CCCGCCACCGCCCCCCGCCUGCGACCGGACGACGUCUUCAUCGCUGUCAAGACCACCCAGAAGAACCACGGUCCACGCCUGGGGCUGCUACUGAGCACUUGGAUCUCCCGGGCCCGCCAACAGACAUUCAUCUUCACGGACGGGGAUGACCCUGAGCUUCAACUCCAGGGAGGCAGCCACGUAAUCAAUACCAACUGCUCUGCUGUGCACACCCGCCAGGCACUAUGCUGCAAGAUGUCCGUGGAGUACGACAAGUUCAUCGAGUCGGGUCGCAAGUGGUUCUGCCAUGUGGAUGAUGACAACUACGUGAACCCCAAAGGUCUGCUCCGGCUGCUCUCCACCUUCUCGCCCAGCCAGGAUGUCUACCUGGGGCGGCCCAGCCUGGACCACCCCAUCGAGGCCGCCGAGAGGGUCCAGGGAGGAGGCACUGUGGCCACUGUCAAGUUCUGGUUUGCUACGGGCGGGGCCGGGUUCUGCCUGAGCCGAGGCCUCGCUCUGAAGAUGAGCCCCUGGGCCAGCCUGGGCAACUUCAUGAGCACAGCCGAGCGGGUGCGGCUGCCGGAUGACUGCACCGUGGGCUACAUCGUGGAGGGGCUGCUGGGCGCUCGCCUGCUGCCCAGCUCGCUCUUCCACUCCCAUCUGGAGAACCUGCAGAGGCUGCCGCCUGACACUGUGCCACAGCAGGUCACCUUGAGUUACGGGGGUCCAGAAAACCCACAUAAUGUCGUGAAUGUGGUGGGAGGCUUCAGUCUGCAGCAGGACCCCACACGGUUCCAGUCUGUCCACUGCCUUCUGUACCCGGAUACGGAUUGGUGUCCUGUUCACAAGCAGAGCGACCUCGUUUCUCGGUGACCCUGGACUCCCAACCCGGGAGGAGGAGCGUGGCUGACCCCUCCUGGCCUCGGCUCUCUCAGGUGGCCGCAGCCAUGUCCAGGGAGAUGUGGGCGCCCUGCAGGCCUCCCCCAGAGCCCCUGGAGGGCCAGGUGACCAGGCUCUCUGGGAGAGCUGCCUGCCCCAGCCAGGGCUCCAAGCUGUGCAGCGUGCAGGCUGCCCCAGAAGGCGGGAGGGGGAGAUGCUGCUCCCCGCCCCAGCCCAGCCCAAGGUGUGCUCCCACGGGAAAGGUGGCCACCCUAGGAUCUGAGGGCCUGGGAGGAGGCUGGCAUCUGGCUCCCAGGGCUCUAUCCUGCCCUCCUUACCCUGCUGGAGAGGGGGUUCCAGACAGACUGGGCCCCCUGAGUGGGCUCCAGGCCAGGGUCACAGACAGGAUCUGUCAGCUGGCCAUCGGUGAGCACAGAGGCUUCACCUGCAGGCCUGGGGCGGGGGAGCCACCCUCCCCCCACCAGGCUUGGUGCCUGGCCAGAGCAUCGAGGUCUCUAAGGGAGCUGCAGUAAGGACUCAGGCCUCUGGCCAGUGGGGCUGGGGCACAGCUUAUCCCUAGCCAGGGCAUCUCCAUCCAGAGGCCUUAUCAUCAGGAGCCCUUUGGUCAAGAUCUUCUUAUUUCUGUACUCUGACCCACCAUUUUGUGCUUUUCCUCCCCCGCCCCCCCCACCCCAAGUCCAAAAAGCAGCAGGGCCCUUUUGUUUGGGGCUCCCUCUGCAGUGUGGCAUCCCCAUCCCAGCUGCUGACCCACCUUAACUGUGCCUUUCCGUAGAGGAGAGAGUGGAACGAGAGGAGUCAGCUCUUUCGCUCUGGUCCCUUGCUGUGCCAUUGCCGUAAGUGAAUAAAGGCUCAGUGGUUACUCUC